CGUCUAAACGAAUUGUAUUUUGAUCGAGGAAGUUAAACUAUAAAUAAAUGGAUUAUAAACGAAAACAGCCCAUAUCUGAAAAUUAUCACAAUGGUUUUAAUACAAAAAAAUUAAAAACAUGUGAUAUCGUCGAUGAUUAUCGUAACUGUGAGAUGUCACCAAAUUGUGAUGUGGAUAAAUCCAAGGUGGAUUUAUCUAAAGAACUCAUUCCAGAACAAAUAGAACACAAUAAUGAACCUAGUGAUGAAAGUUCUGUAACAUUAAACAACGACUUAGUGCGUAAGACACAACAAUAUGUCGACAAAAUGGCCAAUGUGUUGUCUAGUAACUGCGAUCCUGCACGGGAUGCUAGUACAAGUUACGAUUGGUAUGACGAAUUUGUCGCUCCUAAAGAAGAUAGUUUCAUUUCAUCAACAUUGACAUGUAAAUAUAAUAAAAUUGUACUUGAUAACGGCGAGAUCAAAAUCAAAAAAAGAAAGUGUAGAGCACACAUUGUUGAGUAUUAUUAUCGUAAUAAUACCAAUUCUGACAUCAAUUCAUCAGCUCAAAACAACUACGACUUUGCGCGUAAGAAACAAAAAUUGUUCUACUCAUUUUUUAAAUCACUUGUUGGGAAGGAUGUAGUUGUUGAAUUAAAAAAUGAUCUGAGUAUAUGUGGAACGUUACAUUCUGUGGAUCAAUAUUUGAAUAUCAAACUCGUUGACAUUAGUGUAACUGAUCCUGAAAAAUACCCACAUAUGGCUUCUGUAAGGAACUGUUUCAUCAGAGGUUCAGUAGUUCGCUAUGUACAAUUACCAGCAGAUGAAGUUGAUACACAGUUAUUACAAGAUGCUGCACGUAAAGAAGCAACUGUCACACGCUAAUAUAUUUUUCAUUUACCUAAUUAUUAUUUAUUAUUAAUAAGGAAAUUAUUAUUUAAGAAGUAAUAUAAAAAUAAUUAUCUAA